AUGGAUUUUGACGACAACAACAAUCAUAUCUAUGUCGAAUCGGAUUGUAUAAGCUCAUCAUCGAAUGAUUUAAAUAGUGAAAAUGAAUUAGCUAGUGAUGGCAAUGGUCGAGAAGAAAAACCGAUACAAAAAAGAACAACGAAAUUGUCAGGAAAAAAUAGUCGUAGUAGAUUAUUAAAAGGUCGUGUGAAAAAACCGAAAAAGAAGAACACACGACGUGAAAGAAGAAAAUUGAUUACAAAUGAACGUUUAUUCUUAUUCAAGGAUGAUGAAGAUCUUGGCGAUGAUGGUGAUGAUAACAAUAGUGGAUUUCCCCCACAAUCACUGGAGCAACGUCAUGCAGCAAAUCUUCGUGAGCGAAAACGUAUGCAAAGUAUCAACGAUGCUUUUGAAGGUUUACGAAUACAUAUACCCGUUUUACCCUACGAAAAACGUCUAUCCAAAGUUGAUACCUUACGUUUAGCUAUUGAUUACAUAGCGUUUUUGAGCGAUUUAUUAGAUCAAGAUAGUGUUUAUAAUAAUCAACGUUUUCGUCCAGAUGUUAACAUGAACGGAGGAACAUGUCCCAAUAUCAAUCAAAAGAAAAUAAUUUUAAAUUGUGAUCCAGACGAGUCAACUCAUAUUACUGGUCAUUCUUUAUCAUGGUUUGAUACUUAUUCUACAUACGUUACCACUUCACCUUCGAUUGAACAUGCUUGCAAUCCUUAUCAGUCAAAUGUUGUCAUAACAGCUAGAAUAUGGAUACCAGAAAUUAUCUCAUCAAAUCAAUCCCUCAAUAUUUCAUCGACUGAACAAAAAGAUAAUAUUGAUAGUGCAAGUUGUGGUGAAGAAGAGCGACUACAACAACAACAACAAGAAAACGCGGAUGAAAAUCAUUAUCAAUGGCCAUUGAAAAAAUCGACCGUUGUUGGUAAUUCUAAAUAUGAUUAUACGAGACAUGCAAAUUCAACGACGAAUCAAAUGAUUGUCGAUGAUCCACAGUAUUCACAAAACAUAUCCGUUAGCAAUAAUAAUAAUAAUAACAAUAAUAUAAUCACUAAUGGUUUAUUCGGCUACUAUAACGAAUUUUUUGAAAUUGCCAGUGAUUGGUGUACGAGAUUACGCAAUGAUAGUUAUUGUCCAACAUCAACUUGUUCGUGGCCGACAAACGGUAAUGUCGGAAGGCAUUUGAUAUCAAACGAAAAUUUAAUAAUUCCAUCAUUAUCUGAUGAGCAUUCUUCGCCAAUUUCUUCUUUAUCUUCGCCACCAUCUCAUACGUCGGAUCCAACCAGGCAUUUAUUAGAUAUAAACAUCACAGCUCCCUUCUCCAAUUCACAAUGUCUGCAAUAUGAAAAUGGACAACUAAUUGAAGAAUCAUCCGAUCUCUAUUCACAUCCAUCAUCCUUGACAUCUCUACCGAUAUCGUAUGACAAUAAUACACUGGAUGCUGCCUGUUAUGCAACAUUAACAAAUAGUUUUGAACAAUCAUCAGAUUAUUAUAUGUUUUCGUGUGGAUAG